ACUUCAUCUUGUUUUGAUGGAAAAUAUACCUAUGACAACAAAAAUUACAAAAACAACCUUCAGUACUGCGAAAAAAAGACACUCUCAUUUGUCACGGAGUGCAUAAUUAAAUUGUAAGAGAAAAAUGUCUAGUUAUUGGCCCAUUUUGUUGGUUGUAUUUUUAAAAAUAUGCUCGGCCUACAAGCCAGUGGUUUUGAUUCAUGGAAUAUUGACGGGGCCAGCGAGUAUGCUAAUAAUUGAAGGUGAAGUGAAAAAGAUGCAUCCUGACACGAUUGUCUACAAUUUUGGACAGUAUGCGGGUUGGUCGAGUUUGGAAAAUGCAUGGCAUCAGGUUGACGAAUUGGGAACGGAGUUAAUGUCCCUGUGUAAGGUGCAUCCGGAUGGGAUUCAUUUACUGGGCUAUUCGCAGGGUGGUCUUCUUUCAAGGGCUAUCAUAGAAUCAUUUCCAGACCAUUGCGUUAAGAAUUUUAUUUCAUUGAGUUCCCCGCAGGCAGGACAGUACGGAACGGCCUUCCUUCAUCUGAUAUUCCCGAACUUAGUGGCUCAGACAGCCUAUCAACUGUUUUACAGCUACGUUGGUCAACAUACAUCAGUUGGUAAUUAUUGGAACGAUCCGCAUCAGCACGAUCUGUACUUGCAGUACAGUUCUUUUCUACCAUACAUUAACAAUGAACUGAACUCCGUCAAUUCAACGAAAUUCCGCGACGGGAUGCUUAAGUUGAAUUUAGCUGUUUUCAUUGGUGGACCAUCCGAUGGUGUUAUAACGCCAUGGGAGUCAAGCCACUUCGGAUUUUACGAUGAAGAUGACAAUGUGGUGCCAAUGCAUAAACGGUCCAUUUAUAGAAAAGAUUCGAUUGGUUUGAAAACACUGGAAGAUCAAGGAAAAUUGAAAAUGUUGACAUUUCAAGAUGUACGGCAUAAGGAAUGGCAUCUGAAUGUUGACAUUAUUAACGAUGCCAUUAUACCGUAUUUGGAUUGAGUGGACUGACAAUAAUAUUAAACCAACGAAUGGUUGAACUGACCGCAAAGUUUUUAUACUGAACAAAGGAAUUAUGUUUGAAUCCAAAGAGUUAUUUACUUUUGUGAAUAAAUUAUUUUUAUACUUGAACUGA